AUGGAGAGUAUUAAAAUUCCAGAGAAAACAUUAUCAAGUAAUUAUCCAAUCCCUCUUGUAGGUUUAGGAACAGCUGAAUAUCCUUUCUCUGCUUCCAUUGAAACCAUGAAAGACUCGAUUCUCCAUGCAAUAAAAUUAGGUUAUAGACACUUUGAUUCUGCUUCUCUUUACCGAUCUGAACAACCUUUAGGUGAAGCAAUAUCAGAAUCUCUACAGCUUGGAAUUGUAAAAUCCCGAGACGAAUUCUUUAUCACUUCCAAGCUUUGGUGCAGUGAUGCUCAUUAUCAUCGUGUCCUUCCUGCUCUAGAAAAUACUCUUAGGAAUCUUAAAUUGAAGUACAUUGAUUUGUACUUGAUACACUUUCCAGUGAGUUUGAAGCCAGGUGAAUAUGAGCUGCCGGUGAAGAAAAAAGAUCUUCUUCCAAUAGAUAUCAAGUCUGUAUGGGAAGCUAUGGAAGAUUGUCAAAAGCUCGGCUUGGCAAAAUCUAUUGGAGUGAGCAAUUUUUCAUGCAAGAAACUUGAGAUUCUGUUGCGCACAGCAAAGAUCCCUCCUGCCGUAAAUCAAGUGGAGAUGAGCCCACUUUGGCAGCAAAAGAAGCUUAGAGAUUUCUGUGAGAAAAAGAGUAUACAUGUAAGUGCAUACUCUCCUUUGGGAGCCAGAGGAACCCCCUGGGGUACAAACCUAGUCAUGGACUGUAAGUUGCUAAAAGAGAUUGCUCAGGCAAAAGGAAAAACUGUUGCUCAGGUGUGUCUGAGAUGGGUAUAUGAGCAAGGGGUAAGUGUAAUAGUGAAGAGCUUCAACAAGGAGAGAAUGAAAGAAAAUCUUGAUAUUUUUGACUGGAAAUUAAGCCAAGAGGAAUUACAAAUGAUCGAUACACUUCCACAGCGCAAAGGAUAUCCUGGUCUUGAAUUUAUCUCUAAUGAAGGUCCUUACAAAUCUCUUGAGGAGUUUUGGGACGAAGAUAUUAAGCUUUCUUAAAGAGCAUUAAUAAUUGGCUACUCUGCUAUAUUACGUCUUUUGUUCAUGUUUAAAAAUAAAAUCAUUUUAUGUCUUCUCUUCCUAUUGGUUGCCAUCUUUUGUCUAUCUUUAGUUAUUUGGUUAGGUUAUGAUUUAGCUGCAGGUAUUUUUUAUUGUCGUUUUAUUUAGUUUCUCUAGAGCUUUUUGCUCCUUUUAUGUACCAAAAAUAUUAUUUGAAAGUUUAUUUCAGUAUUGUGGUUU